AUGUCCUUCCUACUUCAGUAUUACCGCGUGUUGUGCACCAAGUUUAUGCGCAAGCUCUACAUCGCAGCAAUGGUCUUCAUUGGUUCAUGGGGGUUCAGCGUCCUCGUCAUGUCCUUCGUUUUCUGUGUUCCCCUGGAGGGCUUUUGGGAUCAUCGUGUCCCAGCCAAAUGCUUCGGCCAGCAGGUCCUAUUUUACGUCUUCGGAGCGUGCAGCAUCGUCACGGACAUCAUCAUCUUACUCCUACCGCUUCCAGCGCUGUUCAAGCUUCAAAUACCCCGUUCUCAAAAACUCUAUCUUUUGGCGAUUUUCAGCCUCGGUUUCUUGUGA